AUGAAGUCCCUACUAAUGAAUAACCUAAGGGAACGGUUCAACUCGUGUGGAACAACCACUAUAAAAUACCUGCUGUUUGUGUUUAAUCUCAUUUUUGCGAUUUCGGGCCUGAUCCUGUUAGUGGCGGGCAUCGUUGUGUUGGUCGAUGUCAACGAUUACCAACACUUCGUGCAGGACCGCUUGCUGGCCCCUCCAGUGGUCCUGAUCGUCGUUGGUUCCUUCGUGUUUCUCGUCGCCUCCCUUGGAUGCUACGGAGCGAUCAAGGAGUCACCAAAGCUGCUGAAUGCGUUUGCCGUUUUCCUGUUGAUCGUCUUCAUAAUCGAGGUGGCCGUUGCAGUUGCGGCUAUUGCCUUCAAAUCAGAUCUACAGGAUGCGCUCCGGAAGCAGUUGGACAAAUCUAUCGCGCGGCAUAAUAAUGCCGAUAUGAUGGCUUGGGACAGCGUCCACAAGAAUAUGAUGUGUUGCGGCAUUCAGGGACCGAAGGAUUGGUACGACAACCUUAACAAAACGAUGCCGGCAAGCUGCUGCAAGCCCGACCUCAUCGAACCGGACACCAAUGAUUGCAAGAAUGCUCCACCGUUGUUCAUGGACCGUUAUCAUCAGGAUGGUUGUCUCAUGAAGCUAGAGAAUCACUUUCAUAAGAAUGCUGCUGUUUUGAUCGCCGUCGGAUUCGCAAUCGCCAUUUUUCAACUCCUGGGAGUAUUCUUUGCCUGUUGGUUGUCGUCGUCUAUUAAAAGAAGUAACGCUUAA